GGAAGCUGUCAAGCUGGCGAAGCGAUACUGAAGAUAGUCUCAAAUUGUAGGUCCCAUUGAGGAGCAGAGGAGGAGGAUACUACCUUGCUUUGAGCCCUUAACGAAACAUCUGAGGCAGGAGAGUUGGUUGUCCACAGUGGAAACCAGCGGGAAUGAGUGAUGAUGAUAAACCCUUUGCUUGCUCGGCUCUGGGAUGUGGGAUGCGGUUUUCAACUGAGGACCAUCUGAAUGUACACAUACGGAAACAUGAAAUGUCACUGGCCUUGAACCUUGGGGGAGGGGGUCUAAUCGCCUCCCCCAGCAACCCAUUCUUAGACCAGACGCCAACACCAACCAAGUUCCUGAGAAACUGUGAAGAGAUAGGCCUGUUCCAGGAACUGAGUAAAAACCCAUUUGAAGAGGCAUUCAAGAAGGCUGCUGAUCUGCCUGAGGGAGUGCCGCUACCAGGUCCCCACUCCAAUGAUCUCAACACUCCUGUUCCGCCUGACCCAUCACGCCUCGACUCGGUGAUCGAGGUACCCAAGUUGUCCUCCUCGUUGUCGAUCAAAGAGGAAGUGGAGAAGGAAAGUGGGGUCAUUGUCAUUGAAGAAACCGAAGCUCUGGACCUGUCUGGAAGGCGACAAGAUUCCAAACAAGCCAUCCCUCAACCAUCGUCCACAACCUCAGAUGAAGAUGUCAAUGUCCGCUCCACAUCCCAAGCGGCAGACAGCACCAUGUCCCCAGCCAAACCUGUGGUGUCAAGCUCCAGUUCAGAGACAGUAUCACCAGCUCCCGUCAACAUGUCGAAUGUUGCGGUGGUGCAGUCCGGGGCCGGGUUGCCGACCACCUCAGCCAGCACUGCCCAGCAGGUGUACACCAUGCAGGUCUACCUCCAGCUUCCCUCAGGGCAGACUGUGCCCGUCAACAUCCCUGCCACCAUUGGCCCGGUGGGACAGCAGCAACAGCAACAGCAACAACAACAGCAGCAGCAACCAAGGCGUCACCACAGGGCAUCGUCAUACAACAGAAGGUGCCGAGUGCAGGGACGUUACCAACUACACCCGUCACUACAGCGCCAGUCACCACUCCUACGUCAUCCAUGGUGCCGUUUGAAACAGACAAUUCAGCAAAACACCCCAUCACUGGCUGUGAUUAAGACGGAGCCAGCCCCCAUGCCAACGCUCCACACGUCUGUCAGCCCUUCCCAACCUUCCACAUCCCUCUAUAUACCGGACACUGUGUCGGGCUCCCAGUCAGACUCCCCGGUCGGCUCACCAGAUGGAGAAUUCUCCGAGUCAGGCUUCAACAUAAAAAGGUCCAAAAGAACCAGUGUGGAUGAUGAUGCGGAUGAGAGAAGAAGGAAGUUUUUAGAGAGAAACCGGGCUGCAGCAGCCAGAUGUCGACAAAAACGGAAACACUGGAUCAACAACCUAGAGAAGAAAGCUGAUGAGCUACAAAACACAAACUCUCGAUUACAGAGUGAGGUGAGCCUGCUACGUGGGGAGGUGGCCCAGCUCAAGACCCUGCUCCUGGCCCACAAAGACUGCCCCAUCACCCUCCAGCAGAAGUCUCAAGGUCACCUCGCCUUAACUACAAUAAACCUAGUGGAGUCUGGAGCUUCUGCUAGUAUACCCACCAUCACCUCAUCUGAAGUAUCAGCCUCCCAAGUUGCUGGAGCAACGGAGGCCAUCACCAUGGCAUCAGGCAUCACCGUCAUUCCAGUCUCUGCAGAGCACAUCGUAGCAUCACAAGAAGUGGGCAAGAAGUGACACCAUUAGUCCAACAGGAAAGACUGUCAAAGACUUUAUUCAUCUAGAUAUGUGUUUGAAUUACAGGAACAGCAACCUAUACAUGUGAUACGUUGUGUCAAAGAGUGCUUGUGCCAUCGUCUUGAUCUCACGUCUUCUCCACCAAAGCUUGUGUUAGCCCAAGGAUAGGGUCAGUCACAGCCUUGUGUCGGCCUAGGGAUGGGAUUGUGUUUGUCCUGGGAUGGGCCAGCCACAGGCAUCUUGUGUUAGGGAUGGGUUUAGACAUGGUCAAAGCCCCAAGAACAGUGUACUGGGUAGGAUCUGACCUCUGGUGUGUAGUUGAAAACCUUGACCUAAGAAUUUUAAGUUUAAUCUUUCUAAGUCAGGCCUGAACAUGUUCACUUUGAGAUACAGACCUAGUCCGAAGUAUAUCAACUGUUUUGAAACUACACAAGCCUCAGCCCAAGGAUCUUAUCCAGAUACACACAUCUAGGCCCAUGGAUGCUAUCCAGAUACACACAUCUAGGCCCAUGGAUGCUAUCCAGAUACACACAUCUAGGCCCAUGGAUGCUAUCCAGAUACACACAUCUAGGCCCAUGGAUGCUAUCCAGAUACACAAAUCUAGGCCCAUGGAUGCUAUCCAGAUACACACAUCUAGGCCCAUGGAUGCUAUCCAGAUACACAGAUCUAACAC